CUCCGAGGUUAUUUUAGUGGGUGUUACUCGGCUUGUACAUAUAAUAAUAAUAUCUAGUUAUUAGGUAUUUAUCUAUUGUGCCCGAAAUGAAGGAAGAUAUAAAAGUUACAUUUAUCAUACCAAAAUAUUGUCGUAGUGAAAAUGAUUGCUCGGAGGAAAUGCAACUUGCUUUCACGGCUUGUGAGCAACAUUCCGGUGGUGGUCUCCAGGCGCAAUGGAUUCACGAGACACGGGUUGAUAAGUUCGAGGGUCUGACAAAAACAGACGUUUUCGUGUUAACUGAUUUUGAAGGAGAAUUAUAUGAAAAAUUAAAGUGUACCAAGUGUUUGUUAGUAGGCCCCCGUUGCCUAUCAUGUUGUAUGACAGAGGGUACACCAAUCCCAUCAGGGCCAGAGCCUGUCUUCACUGUUGCCAUGAGAGGCCUGGUAGUCACUGCAAGUGGACUUUCUAAAUUGCAAAAGGAGAACAUUAAGAAGAAAGUUUACUGGAUGGGAGGGAUAUACAAUGCUGCCUUGACAGAUGACACGACACAUUUGGUAUCAGACACAGUAUUGUCUGAUAAGUAUGUUAAAUCAAUACAAAAAGGCAUACCAGUAAUGUCAGAGUCAUGGAUAGAAGCAGUAUGGAACGCGUCACUCAGUUUGAAUGUAAACGGGUCGUCGCCUGAUUUUGACUCACACCGCUUGCCACCAUUCGCAAACUUACAAGUAACGACUUCAGGCAUCACGAAGAAAGAUAAACAAUUGAUAACUAAAUUAGUUAAUGAACAUGGUGGUACUUUUUCUGGUGCAUUCCAAAGCGAGACUACGGAUGUGGUGGUAUUGACCAAGGAAGGUGUAGGUAGUGACAAAUACAAAGCAGCAUUAGAAUAUGGAAAAGCAUGUGUUACACCGGCGUGGGUUAAAGAGUCUGCGGCCAAGGGAGUGGCAUUACCUUUGGCACUCUACAGGGUAGCAGGGGCUUCCACUUCUUCGCCAUUGGCUGAACACAGACUACCUGACAUGAGUUUAAAUUUCUCCCGUAUCACAAACAUACGGCCUCCGAACAAUUUUGUAGACGAAACUAGAGCUACAGAUAUGUCGAGUAUCUCGAGCCGGACUAAGCUAUCACAAGAGUCUAAGAGAAAUGACAUGUCGGUGGACAAGGAGAUCCAGACUGCGUUAGAGAAUUUAGAUUUGAGCACUAUCAGGAAGGCUGGACCAAUCUUUGACGGAUUCUGUAUAUGGGUGACGGGCCUCGACGGCGUGUGCCGCGAGCGCGCUUCGGCCUGCGUGUCCCGCGCGGGCGGCGUGCGGUACGACCGCCCGCACGAGCGCGUCACGCACAUCGUGGCCGGCACCAGACAGGCCGCGGCCAGCGCGCUGCUUGCGCUGCCCGCUGUACCCAUCCUCACUCCCCUUUGGUUGGUCCGUAGCGUGGACGCCGGACGGGCGCUGGACGAGGCCGAGUUCCUAAUAAACACGAAACCCCCAACUCCGAAGUCCAGUCGCCCGCCGAGAGUCGAACCUGCGUCGCCGAUGAGCAAGCGCAACUUACAACUGCUGCGCCGCGAGCUCGACCUCCCUCCACCCACACCCGAACUGCCUGAGCCGCCCGAACCUCAACAGGACGAACUGGUCAACCAUUAUCUUAGUCAACACUUACCCCCCGAGCCGGAAAGGGAGAAAACGCCUGAGCCAGCGCCCAACGCAACCCGGCAGGACCAAACUGACGUCACCGAUGAGCCCACAGAAGAAAUCGAGCAGAUAUUUAGAGGCAUAAAAAUGGAAGUACAAGGGCUGGACGAGGAGGCCAUCUGCGAGAUCGGCGCCGAGGUGGCCGCGGCGGGAGGCGCGCUGGCGGCGGCUGGCGCGGGGGGGUCGCACGUGCUGCUGCCCCUGGACUUCGACCCGGGAGACCUGCUCACCAGGACGGCGGAGCCCGUCACUGUUUUUUGGGUGAAAGAUUGCCUAUCUCAACAAGAGUUACUGCCUAUUGACUACUACCACAGACCCGUGAAAUUGUCUCAAUGGGGCCAAGGUCCGGGGCCUCUGCACGGAGUCGUGGCCAGCCUUAGCACCUACAGUGGCGUCGAGAGGGCCUUCUUAGAUGAACUCGCCAAGCUAUUGGGUGCUACUACCCAGCUUCGCUUCUGCCGACGUAACACAGCCAAUGCUUUGGCAUCAACGCAUCUCAUAUGUCCAUCGCCCGUUGGGGACAAGUACAUAGGCGCGUUGAAAUGGGGUCUACCCGCAGUGACUGCUGCUUGGUUGUUAGCUUGCGCCGAAGAGGGAAGACGAGUUAGCGAGAAGAACUUUCUUGUUGGAGAGACUAAAGCGCCCCCGUCGCCAGAGCCGGCGGCCUGCGAAGACGCGCCGCCCGUCCCACCAGAGCCGGAGAAGGAGAACAUAGACGAGAACGCGAUGCGGCCCCCGCCCCCGGUUACUAGCGACGUGCCGCGGAGGGGCUCCGUGCCCAGCAGGGAACAUACUCCGAAACUGGUGAACGUUGCAGAUGGCGAUCACGAGAUGUCACCAGCAUCGCGGUAUAUAGCUAUGGCUCGACAGGGAUUGUUGGGCGGCGAUUCGCAGGAGACACCUAAGAGAGUGCAAAACUUAAAAGAUGAUGCUAAACAAGUACAAGGUUAUGACAGAAAAACAGAGGCCGACCAAGCAGACACACCCCCAGCAAAAAUAGCUAAAAUUACAACAGAUCAGAGCGCCGGUGGAAACUCAACUGAUGCAAGCGACUGCAUAAAGAAUACAACAGUGAACACGUCAAAGAGUGCCAAUGAGAGUACCAAAAGUUCUACCCCUUCAAACGCUUCAAGCGCUGCGAGCGUUCUGCCGCCGGCGCUUGACGCGCAGCUGCAGCGGCUGAGUGCGGCGCUUAGUGGACUCACCUCACAGCGAGCGCGACGAGUUACACGGGACUCCGUUUCAAGGCCUAUAGACCCUGAAUCGGAACCGGGUCCCGAAUCUCAACCCAACACAGUCGGAUGGGACGACACGACGCCGGGGCAACAGCGUCAACAGAGCCAAGACAUCCAGGCCACGGUCCAAGUGCAAACCACACCGCAGGUCAAACGGUUCAUGCUAUCUUCCAACGUCGAUAACCGCGAAGAAAUAAUAGAAAUGAUUCAAUACCUCGGCGGGGAAGUCUGCGAAGGGACGGAGCUCGACCUGGAAGCCUCGCACUUAUUAUGCGCUGCCCCUGGCCGAAGUGAGAAGAUGCUCGGCUCUAUUGCAGCGGGCAGAUGGGUGUUGCAUCCCGCUUAUAUUGUUAGAAGUAGAGCUGUAGGCUCUUUCUUAUCGGAAGAAGAAUUCGAAUGGGGCAACCCCAAAGCGACAUGUCUACCGCAACUCUCAGGCACUGAGCGUACACUUGCGAACGCUGCUUACCGCUGGCGGUCGACGCGGGCCCAAGGCGCGCCGGGGCCUUUCGCGGGAGUAGUUGCGCUGCUGCAUGUACCCGCCGCCAGGAGGCGUCUGUUGGCUAGGCUGGUUACGGCGGGCGACGGACUGGCGCCGGAUGACGAACCACCCUACAACAACGAGGACAUAACAGUAUGCUUCGCAGACAUCAAACGUUACCAACUUUCGGACCGCGACGCCUCCUGGUUAAAGUCUCGAAGUAUACCCGUAUGCGCUCCAGUCUUGCUUAGCUCUUAUCUAACCGACGAUGUACCACCUUCGCCGGAGCAACAUUGCUUGCCUGAUUAUAGACCACGUUGAUUUUGCUAGCUAUUGUCGAACAUUAUAGUUCUUUUCCGCUUUAUAUACAUAAAGUUAAGCGACAGCUGCUAGCUUGAAACAGCUCUAGCAUUGAUAUUGUCGUACGGCUCAGUGUUGUCAUUUAAACGGCUGUUUUUGUUUUCAUUAUAAAUCAUUUCAGUUGGGUCGUCGGUAGUGUCAAUGGCAGGAUUGUGUGUUUGGUAUUCUAGUAGUUGCUUGUCAAUCUAGCUAUCGAGCUACUAUUCAACCGCAAUUGCAUUUUUUUUGUAUUCUGAUCUUCGGUAGCGAUGCAAUGACACGUCGAUUGCGCAGUGUACUAAUAUUAUGUAUUUUUGAAAACUAAAUUGCUGAUUAAACGAAAUGAAAAUUUGGAUGUGCGUAGUAAUUUUUAAUUUCCAUGAUAGACAACGACGAGAAGAA